AUGACGGAGGUGUGCACAGGGCCACAGGCUGUUCAGAGAGGACCUGCUGCUACUCCUGCUGCUGCUGUUACUGUUACUGCGCCUGCUGCUGUUACUAUUACUGCUCCUGCUCCUGCUGCUGCUGCUGCUGCUGCCGUUGCUACUUCUGCUGCUGUUAUUAUUACUGCUGCUGCUGCGGCUGCUGUUACUGCUACUACUGCUGCUGCUGCUGCUACUUCUGCUGCUGUUACUAUUGCUGCUGCUGCUGCUACUGCUAUUGCUGCUGGGGCUGCUGUUACUGCUGCUGCUGCUGCUACUUCUGCUGCUGUUAUUACUGCUGCUGCUGCUCUUGCUGCUGCUGCUGUUACUGCUACUACUGCUGCUGCUGUUACCAUUGCUGCUGCUGCUGCCACUGCUACUACUGCUGCUGUUGCUGCUGCUGCUACUUCUGCUGCUGUUAUUACUGCUGCUGCUGCUGCUGCUACUACUGCUGCUGUUGCUAUUGCUGCUGCUGCUUCUGCUGCUGUUACUAUUGCUGCUGCUGCUACUUCUUAUGCUGUUACUAUUACUGCUGCUGCUGCUAAUACUGCUACUGUUACUAUUAGUGCUGCUACUGCUGCUGCUGCUACUACUGUUACUAUUACUGCUGCUGCUGCUACUACUACUGUUACUGCUACUAUUACUGCUGCUGCUGCUGCUACUACUGUUACUGUUACUAUUACUGCUGCUGCUGCUACUACUGUUACUGUUACUAUUACUGCUGCUGCUGCUACUACUGUUACUGUUACUAUUACUGCUGCUGCUGCUACUACUGUUACUGUUACUAUUACUGCUGCUGCUGCUACUACUGUUACUGUUACUAUUACUGCUGCUACUUCUGCUGCUCUUACUAUUACUGCUACUGCUACUUCCGCUGCUGCUACUGCUGCUACUUCUGCUACUGUUACUAUUACUGCUGCUGCUGCUACUAGUGGUGCUGUUACUAAUAUUGCUACUGCGGCUACUACUACUACUGCUGCUGCUACUACUACUACUGCUGCUGUGCUAUCAUUGCUGCUGCUGCUACUCUCACUACUACUGCUGCUGCUGCUAAUGCUGUUACUACCUCUACUGCUGCUAAUGCUGUUGCUGCAACGAGUGCUGCUGCUACUCCUUCUACCAUUACUUAGGGUAUCAGGAAGACGGAGAGAGAUACGCUCCUGGGUGAUCUGAGUACAAAGGCGUAAAACAUGGCCCCUGACUUCAAGGAAUCCAUAGUCUGGUCGGAGUGAAAACUAACAGACAGGAAAUCAUCAGAACACCAUGUACUACGAGGCUCUGCGUUACCGGGUCAACACAAGAGGUAAAAGGAGAGAGAAGAGGAACCUCACUAUCACCAAGAAAGAAGAGCUGGACCAGAGUGCGUCCUUUGGAUCCUCCCUGCAGUGAGAACCUGUUAGACCUCGGGGAAGAUUGAUGCCAAGACACAUGGAGAACGCCAAGGAAUGCUGGGCCCUCAGAUGUUGAAAGGAGGCAAGGACCUUUCCCCAGAGCUGACAGAGAGAGGAAGACUUCCUCUAGAGCUGGCCCCUGAGUUCAGGCUUUUAGCCUCCUAAAUUGUGAGAGAAUAAAUUUCUGUUUGUUAAAGCCAUCCACUUGUGGUGUU